GGAGUUUCAAUUUUGGCUCUUCGAGGGAUUAGUUGCUGCCAUUGGUGUAAUAGCAGGUCUCUCAACAGCUUUGAGAUAUCAGAAGCUUCGUUCACAAGGGCGUUUGAAUCCAUAUCUUUUAGCAAGAACAUCAGUGUAAGUGCCACAUUAACAUUUGGAUAUUCGGUAUGGAGCACGAUAACCUGUAUCUGGAAGGGAGAAAAGACGGCGAGGAGUUGUGGGUUUCUAGUGAAACUCUUAUAGCUCUGUUCACUCUGCAAUAUUGCUAUAACCCAGCUGUGAAUGUGGUGCUGGUAGAGAAACAAAAGCACGGUGAGUCUUUUGUUGAUACUUUAUGCUCGGAAGAGGAUCCCUGGUUCCCAGUAAUUACGAGUAGUUUGAAUUUUGAAAUAAUAAUAAAAGAUGAAAAUGAUUGCCCAGAUAUGAUUAAAAAAUGUAUGCUGCCAGCAGUUAUGAUGGUAUCACAACAUUGGUGUGUAGCAGGCUUAUGUUCUUCGCUGAGGUUUAUUUUGAAUCGGACAAUUGAUGUACACCCAAAACAUUACUGCAAGGGCCUGUUAGGGUUUAGAGGAGGUUGUUUACAGGCAUGUGCUGAAGUCAGUGUGUGGACAAAGUUUUGUGAAGUGGAAACAAUUAAAAUGCUUAAAACAGUUUUCAAGGGUGGGUAUAAUUACAGUGGAAAGAUUGAAUUGCCAAAAGAGAUAUUGAGAUAUGAGCACCACCUGCAGCACCCACCUAUCCUUCACAAUGCUCUCAAGAAGAAACAAGAGCACAUCAGAAGCACAGUCCGUGAUAAAAGUGAGCAGCAAGAGCUUUGUCAGAAAAGAAUGGAUGAACUGCCACAGUUAGAACACAAAUAUGCAGAAGGAUUAGACAUGACCUUGGCAGACACUGUACUUUUUGCUAGUUUCCACAUAAUUCUAUCAAAGUUACAAACUUUAGUGGGCAUGCAGAAAAUGCUGGAUGUGUUUCCUUUAGUUGUUGGGUGGUAUAAACUCAUUUCAAGUGAUUGUCAUGUUCAAAAGGCAUUACCCGUUCUCCAGAAGACCUUGUCUCACAUAUCUGCAGAACAAAUUGUUAUUACUCCUGGGGAAUUUGUAAUUCCCAAAAUUCCAUACGAGAGCAUUUAUAAAAGUGAUCCCGAGAGGUAUAAGCCUCGUUGGAGGGCAUUUACACAUCAAGAUGACAUAGAAAAAGUUUUAAAGAUCACAGAAGAGGCAGCCAUUGAACCAGUUUUUGAUGAUCAUCCUUCAGAUGGCAUCUCACUUCCUUGGUCAUCAUUUCCAUCAGCAGUAAGCCCACAAGAGGGUCAACUUCCUUUAUCUAGACUUAAUAGAAAGUGUCAGCAACUCGAAAAUGUUGUUUCUGCUGUAAAGUCUAUUACUAAAAAAGGUGAUGUGAUAGUUGACUUUUGUGCUGGGGGAGGUCAUGUCGGCAUAGUUGCAGCUUACUGUCUUCCAGAAUGCAAGGUGUUACUAGUUGAGAAUAAAGAGGCUUCAUUAGUGCGGGCUAAGAUGCGAGUUGAAGCCUUAGAAUUAAAAAAUGUUGAAUUUAUACAGUGUAAUCUUGAUUAUUUUAAAGGUCACUUUAAUAUAGGAGUCUCCCUACAUGCAUGUGGAGUCGCAACUGAUUUGGUGAUGCUUAAAUGCCUGAAACAAAAGGCUGCAUUUAUUUGCAGUCCAUGCUGCUAUGGGGCAGUUCAACCAAAUCACAUUCUUAAGUAUCCCCGUAGUGAGCGCUUUUCUCGUCUGCCUCUUACUUUAAAUGAGUACCUUACUCUAGGUCAUGCUGCAGAUCAAACUCAUGAUGAAAGCAAUCCCAAAACUGGACAGGGUCAGUUAUGUAUGAAACUAAUAGACACUGACAGACUACUACUAGCACAAUCACUCGGCUAUAAUACAAAACUGGUAUGUAUGGAGCCAGAAACAUGCUCUCCAAAAAAUCACCUUCUGAUUGGAGUUCUAAACAAUUAACAUUUGAACAGUUAUCGAUAAUUUUUUAUUAAUUAUUUUAUUAUUUUUAAUUAGUAAUUAUUCCAAAAUGUGACUUAAUCUCUUAAUUUCUUUUUGAAAUCUACAGUAUAUACAGUAUGACCUUGAUUAUCAAGCAGAAGCAUAAACAAUAAAUCUGAAAAUUAAAAUAUAUUUUUUAUACAAUUUUCUAAUAGAAAAUAUGACCCAAGUAGCUCGAUACUAGGAAUUUUAUGUAUUUUAUUCACAAAUUAAAAGUAUGUAUAUAA